CACAACGGUACGCCCGAUUAUGUACUUCGUCAUCAAGACUUCAUCACUAUGAACCUUACAUUGACUCUGUAUAUCAAUCGAUCACUGACCUGUGGUUUAUACCAUUACGAAGGCCUAUGCCACGCAGACGGUUGCAGGACGUGUGCCACCGUAUGCAGGAAGUAUGUCACGGUCAUGGUAUUGCAAGUCAUCAUCAACGCAUGCGGGCCAAGAUCACAUAUCAUGAGGACCUGACUACGUUCUGGUUUGGUCGUUUCUGACAUACGUACGCAACACUCGCUGUACGUGGUAUCCUCCCGACGUGACAGACGUAACUAUUCGUGCACAAUCUAUGUACCUUAGAUCGCAGGCGGGUUGUUUUCUCUGCAGACCUUGUAGAUGGUGGUGCACAUCACUUCGCAGAACACGUGAAGAAGGAAGGUAUCCACAUAACCAAGACAAGUAUCAUGCUUGGUGUUGGCGAGACAGAAGAGCAGG